AUGACAAUUUCGAAGUCUGUACGACCUAAGAAUGCUAUGAAGGCUAGGGCUCGUCAAAAAAAGCGCUCCGACAGCAGAACCUCUCAAGUAUCGCUUGAUAUCCAUUCAUCCGGUUUUAAAGGCAAGAAGGUAAUAUGGUCCCUCCGCGAAUACCGCAAGCUCCACCUCUACCCUAAGAUUCAUGCCAAAAAGAAAAAACCAUCACGGAAGCCUACAGACGAAGAACUUUGCGAAGCCAACAAGAUAGUUGAUAAAUUUCACCCUUUUCAUCAUGGUAAAGUUAUUGUGCGGGAUACCAGUAACCACGGCAAAGUUGUUGCUGUCAUACAGUUCACCCCGAUCAACAAACUAUCCGCCAUCGAGAGAGAAGAAAUCAACUUUGUGACAACCUUCCUUCACCAAUCAAAGAAAUUUGUAAAUCCAACUGGCCCUUCUCGCACUUGGGGAGGCAGGAUGUGGGGAAUCGGGUGGCGGAAGUCUCGUCAAUCACGCACGGAAUACUUCGCCCUCGCCAUGAAAUCCUUCAGAGUCUCCAACAUUCUGGGCCGAAUGUUCAAGAAUUUUGCUGACAUCCCAUUCGAGUCUAACCGAGAUUUGAUGGAGACAAAUGGUAUCCCAUCCUUUGCCUCAGCCAAAUUUAAUGAUAGCCUCUCCAAGCUUGACUGCGCCCCACACAUCACAUUUACUUCGAAUGGAUUUUUUAAUCCUCCUCACUUUGACAAAGGUGACGCAUCAGAAUAUGCUUUUGCGCGCUUUGUUCCAACAAAUUCCUCUGACGGCACGCUUGCGGACCCUUCAAGUGGCUACAAUGUUUCUGGCGGCCGAUUUGUCUUCCCCGAUUACCGAUUCUACAUUGAUUUCAAGCAAAAAGGAAUUGUGAAGUUACUUUGGCCGGCAAAGAACAUCAAACACUGUACUCUUCCAGCUGUCGAACCAAAAGGAUUCAGGCGGAUGGCAAUGUCACUUCAGAUUACAAAGAAAGCUUUGAACACCUGUCGGGACAUCAAGAAUGGUAAAAUCUAUUUGAGAAAAAGUUAUCGCAACAAAAAAACUUGUACUUUGGUGGGCACCCGGAACUACAUGGGGAUGAGGGUAGAGUCGUACUUGAAUUUCCUCCCGGUUAGUUCUAUCUAUGACUGA